CAGACAGUUAUAAAACUAUCAAAUGAGUUCAUGAAUAAAAAAUCUAGCAUAUACGACUGUGUUACAUUCAAUGUUUUUCUAUAAUUGUUUUUCUGCUUCUAAAAUCGGAUUUUAUUAGUCAGAAGUUGCGAAAGUAAAAAUAAAGUGCGUCGUUCCACGUAAGUUAAUUGAAAGGAGCUCACGGAACUGAUUUUAUCACCGAACUUUUCCUUUAAAUUGGUGUGUUCCACAUGAAACAUGGAUAUAGUGGUGUUUUCUAUCAGUCUCGGUUUCAUACUACCAAUUCAAAUAGAUCACUAAUAAUCGUCCUCUUGAGUAGAAAUUUUUAAAUUCAGUCAAUAAAUUGUGGCAUGAGGUAUGACGUCUAAACAGAAUACGACUGUGCGCAUUGUCAUCACCGAAUCAGAGCGCGACCCGCACGGGGAAGCGCUGUACGAACACUGGCGGGUGAGCGCCGGGGGUCCCAUUGACGACUCCGGUCCACGGUCGGCAAAAGAAGACACAAAACAACCGCUUGGCACGUCUGUAGACACGAUGCGGUCAAGAACUGUACCCGAUACGACGGGGUCAACAAUAAUAGACUCCAGGGUCGACGGAACUUCUUUGAAAAAUACAGAGAUCAGGCGCGAUACCUUACGUCCUGUUGAAAAAAUCAGUCAAGGGCAGGCAGAGGUAACAUUUACAGACCCGGACCAAAUCUCAAACACAGAUGAUGACUCAAGUUAUAAUAACGAGAGAGUGACCUCGCCUUCAGCGGUCAGCGACUCGGGCUCGGAUAUUGAUGACGUCAGAGGGAACGCCGAGGCCGUCAUGUACUUGAAGGCGUGCGCGCUGUAUCGGGUAACCCCCUCGUACCACUUCCGGCAGUGCGUGAGUGACUUGGACGUCUCCAUGCAGCAUCGGACGCUCGGGGAUGUGGGAAUUAAGGCCAUCGCGACAGCGCUUGUGUCCAACCUGUCGGUUCGCUGUCUGAAUCUCUCGUGCACGGGCAUGACGCUGGCUGGACUCCGCUACAUACUGGAUAUGCUCUGGGUCAACACCAGCAUCCGCGACCUGAACCUGUCCCAUAACGAGAUCGGUCCCGAUGGCGCUGUAGACCUGAGAGACAGCCUCAUCCACAACCGGAAUUUGAUAGCGCUAGACAUUACAGCUUUAGGCCUCAGAGACGAUGCUAGCGGAUAUUUGGCAGAAAUAUUAACGGAGAACACAGUCCUGAAGGCAUUCCAUAUUGGGAAAAACUCGCUGGGAGAGAAGGCUGGUGAAAUGUUCAAAACAGCGCUAGGUGAGAACACCACACUGCGUUUCUUGGACGUCAGCUGGAACCACUUCCGGCAACGCAGCGCCAUCGACUUCUGCUGUGGACUCGAGGCUAACACCGGCCUUGACACGUUGAACCUCAGCUGGAACGGUCUUGGGCUGGAGGGAUGUCACGAGCUCGGCAAGGCCCUCAAGGUCAACCAGGCCUUGACCGACCUUGACCUUUCCUCUAAUAGGAUCAACUUCGAUGCCUUCAAACUUGUGAUGAGGGGCUUGAGAAAAAACAAACACAUUGAAACUUUGAAGGUUGGUUGCAAUCCGCUCACCACGGAUGCGGCCGUGUCCAUAUUGCGGGCGGUGGGGGAUGGGCAUUGCGAGGCCCUCCGUAACCUCGACCUCACGGAUGUAACCGUGGACACCGACUUUCUAACGCUGCUCGGAAACGUCAAGCAACGCCGAACGCUGAACGUCAAGCACGGUAUUACGCUACGUCACGACGAGCUUCGUAAGGGUCACAUGGCCGUCAUACUGGACACGGAUGACCCGCUAACCAUCCUGUUCGAGUGCGUGAAGACGAAGAAUCUACGUCUGAUAGACCUGCUGAAAAACCUGGACAAGGAUAACAGUGAAACAUUGUCGAGAGAGGAACUUCACAGGGGAUUAGAGGAGAUUGACAUUCCGCUGAGCCAAAGGUCCAUGGACAUUCUGAUGAACAAACUGGACAUUAACAGGGACGGUCAGGUCGACUUCUCUGAGCUGCAGACGAGAUACAAGGAGCACCUGCGUCGUAUUGCUCGUCUGCAGCGAGACGCAGACGUCGACCUGAGGAACUACAAGAACUUCGACCGCAUCGAAUCACUUCGCGAAAUGGUCCGCCUCCGGCUGUCGUUCUCAAAGUAGUCCACUAAAGUGUGUCUUGUUUAAGUUAAUUUUCGUGGUAAACGUGUUUGUCCGUAAUAGUUGUUAUUUAAAUUGAUGGUUACAAAAUGAAAACUUUUUUAAAUGAUGGCGGAUACUGGGUGUCAGGAACGAAAAAGGAUUAAGCAAGUGUUUUUGCCCAAUGAUAAAUAAAGUGAAAGUACGUAAUGACGAACUUACACCGGAUGGCACGGAAUGAUAGCGCGUAUAUUUUAUAACAACUUAGUCAUGUGUGGUCAUAGUGAGCUGUUUUGAUCGCCUUGUGAUCUGUCUUGCGUUAACAUUUGACAAAUUUACUCCUCAAUGCUAAAUGAUUACGACACGUCAGGGAUAUUGCCAUUUUGAGUGACUCGAUUAUAUUUAAAAGUGAAAACUCAAAGAUCUCCUCUGAAACCAGAGCUGUACUUUUCAAAUUAUGAUCAUGUGCUUAGUAAGUUCAAACAUAGUUAGUUCAAGCAUAGUUUGUUCAAAACAUUUGCCUUUGGAAACUUAACAAUUCUCUGAAACUGCAUGGUUCGAAGCUGUGAUAUUAGGUAUGAAAUUGUAUCCUCUUAUAUGAUUCCUAUAGAAUUUGUUCAAACCAUGUCCUUGGGGACAAUUCUGGUCACACCAAAGUAAGCUUAUGGUUCAUAUAUAUGGACUUUAUGUUCAAAUUCACCUUAAAAUCGUCAUUCAAACCACAUUAAAUUGACGAAUUAUUCAGAUAAGCUAUUUGAGGCCGCCUGGCCUUCUUAUCAGCUAUUGCAGUUUUGUUUGUUCCAUAUCUUGUGUAUGAAGUUAACGUAGAUAUAUGUGUGCAAUUAAAACGUAUAACAAUCAAA